AUGGUUUUUUCUUCGGUUCCCGUCUAUCUUGACCCCCCAAGUUGGAUCCAGGUGACUCUCUCCACCAGUCUGCGAUCUCCAUUCUCUUCUAUGUUUUCUACCUCUGGGUUUCGGUUCUUCAUGACAAGAGCACGAUGAAAGAGAUAGAUAGAUAGAUAGAGCGAGAGAGAGAGAGAGAGGGAGAGAGAGAGAGAGAGCAUUCUCACUCGUUUUAUCUGCUCUUUCAUACACCAGAGAUUUGAUGUAUUUGAACCUUUGUCUUGGAAAACAGCAGCCGGCAUAUCAGCACGAAAUUGGAGGAGGAGGAGGGGACUCGGGGCAUCUUCCUCUGGCGGCGCCUCCGCGGCCAGAGAUGAAUCCGGCCCGGUUAGGAUCGACCGCAGAGAGAGCUCGCCUGGGGAAGGUGGCUCCGCCGGAGGGCGCCCUCAAGUGCCCCCGCUGCGAAUCCACCAACACCAAGUUCUGCUACUUCAACAACUACUCCCUCUCUCAACCCCGCCAUUUCUGCAAGACCUGCCGCCGUUACUGGACACGUGGAGGAGCCCUGCGCAACGUCCCCGUCGGCGGCGGAUGCCGCCGCAACAAGCGAAGUAAGAGUGGUGGCGGCGGCGGCAGCUCCAAGUCAUCCGCUGCCGACCGCCAUGCUGGCUCCUCCACCUCCAUUGUGGCGCCGUCGUGCGGAGACAGUGCAGCUCACUGCGGCGUCCUGCCGCUGCCGCAAUUUCCCUUCAUGGACUACCUCGCGGCGGCCGCCAACCUGCGGCUGAAUCUGCCCGGUGGUCAACCGGUUGACGCGCUGCACUGCCAGUUGAGCGGCGGCUUAGAGGAGUGGCGGAUCCAGCAGGUCCAGGAAUUCCCGCAUCUGACGGCGAUGGAGCAGGUUCCGGCGCCGCCGUCCAUGGGGCUGUUCCAGUUCCAAGAAGAGCCGCCGGUCAGUCAACUGUCUAUGAUGAAGAUGGAAGAAAACUCACAGCGAUUUACAUUGCCCGAGCAGUAUCUUGGCAUCUCCGGGAAUUACCAUUACUGGGGUGGCGGCGUCGGCGGAGAGGUCCCCGGAGGGAGCGUCAACGCCGGAGGAUGGGCGGCGGACCUCUCCGGUUUCAACCUUUCCUCCACCAGUAAUCUCAUAUAA